CGAAAGACACUCAUCCACACCAGCAAUGCCCAUUAGUAGCCCAAGCACCAACGGAAUCAUGCCUGAAGCAAAGAAAGCAGGAAGAAAAGGGACAAAAACAGAAGCAAAAUCUGCAGCAAAAACACCACCAUAUGAACCUAACAUCCCUGAGCCCAACACUAGAGCUGAGCUGAUGAAGUACUGGAUGAACAUCUCUCUUGAUGACAGAACUGCUCAGAAAAUGUUGUGGCUCUCAGAAGGGGGAACCAAAGUGUCGCGCAAGUCAGAGGAAGUGUGUCCUGUUCUGGACAGGCCAGAGAGAUAUGAACAUUCACCACAGGUGCUGUGUAAGGAGGGCAUUCUGGGCAGUCGUGGGUACUGGGAAGUGGAUUGCGAUGGCUGGGUGGUGAUCGGGGUAGCCUGUGAAAAUGCAGGCCGGAAGGCUAAGGAUGGCCCAUGUGGUCUGGGAGAGAAUGACCUGUCGUGGGGUGUGGGCUGGGCCGGGUCCUGCUACCACGUCUGGCACAAUGGAGUGAACGUAGAAAUCCAAGCUCCACUCAGCCCAGUCAUCGGCGUCUACGCCGACCAGCCAGCAGGCAUCAUCAAGUUCUUCCUUGUGCAAGAGGGAGAGAACGGCUCCAAGGAGGUCCGACUGGUUCAUCAGUUUACAACCAGCAUCACUGAUAGGCUCAUGCCUGGUUUCUGGGUGGGCAGAAACUCCUACUGCCAGAUCCGAAAGAAAGAUCAGUAGAGGGUGAAUAUUAGGGAUGGGCGGUAUCUUAACGUUUGCGAUUUAUCAAUAUAAAAUUCUUCCCGCGAGAGUAAUGAUAAAACCUGCAACAUAACACAACAUUUUUAAAAUAUCUGUUAAUUAACCAUUUCCAUAUUUUGUGAUUCACAGGUGUUUUCUGUUUAUUUAUAAUUAUAAAUAACAUUACAGGACCUUGCUCUGUUGACUUUUAUUAUUUAACACUGCAGUUUAACAAAGUGGAUUUAUUGAUAUUUUACUAGUUUGAAACAAGAUAUUGUAUAAAAAAUAACCUUCAUUGAAAUAAGCCCUGUGAGUUUGUUACCAGGUUUUUGCACUGUAAGUUCCAACAUCAACCCAGACAAUAUAUCACUUAAAACAAUUAAAAUGCCAUUAAAAGUCACUUUUUCAAACUUUUCAACAUCAAAAGUUGUUAUACUUAAGAUUAAGCUCCCAUAAUGCAAUUCAACAGUAUAAAUAAAUGAAACAUAUCACAAAAUAUUGGCACUACUGUUAAUUUACAAAUAAUUUUAGGGUACAAUCUGCCUCUACACUCUGAAACUGGUUUGGUCAAGGGUGUACAAUGUGACAAAACAUAAAUAAAACAGCCUACAAAGAAAAAACGUAUUAAAAAUGCAAUUGUUAGCACAUUUAAAAUACAGUUUUGUCUUUUUACAAGCAAAAAGAUUUAAUGACAUACCUUUACCACUUCAAAGCAUCAUCAACAUUAUUUUAUUUUUUAGAGUGAUGAAGUUACGUGUAUCAGCCUUACAUUAUAAAUAUACUUGUGCUUACAACAAAAAAAUAAAUAAAAAUGAACACAAAACAGUGCUCUCUUUCGAUUCAGGACUUUUUUGUCUCACAGUUAAUAAAUGCAAAUUAUCGUCAUCGACAGUUUUCUCAGUAAAUACCACAAAAUAUCGUAAUCUAAGUCCACAUCGCCCAUCCCUAGUGAAUAUAUGAAGAUAAAAGGUCUUGGAAUGAAACAGGGUAAGGGAAGGACGGCUAUGCAAC